UUGCUUUUCGAAUCUUUCAUCUACAAAUUUUUAUUUUACAAUUUGGACCACACUACAUGAAACAUAGUAUGAUCUAAGUUCAGAAAAUUGAAACUUUUGUUUUUUAAGCAAUCCAAAGCAGAGUAGUGAGUUCUUAAUUUCUCCAAUCCGUAUAGCAUUUUUUUCCUUCAAUCUAUCAAAGCAGUAACUAUGACCGACGAUGCCCUGUUCUACCUCCUUCUUGCCCACCUUCUUCCAAAGCAGAUCAGACACAUAAAAGCCUCUCACCCACCGGCCUUCUUUCUCCCUAACUACUUCCAAGCAGAAAACCCAUUUCCCCUGUCUUCCUUUCUUUCUUUGUCUCUGAAGCAGCCAACCUCCCUUCUUGCCCACCUUCGUCCAAAACAAAUCGGAAACACCAAAGCAUCUCAGUCACCGGCCGUCUUUCUCCCUAACUACUUCAAAGCAGAAAAGCCCAUUUCCCCUCACCGGAAAAUCCCCACCAAAAUCCCAUUUCUCCUCCUGUGAGUGUCCUUCCUUUUCUCUGAUUUUUUUUCUUUUUUGGUGGUGAUGAAUGAUGAUGGUUGGUUGGUAGUGUGAGUUUUGGUGAAAGCUGUAAUUUGUAAUCCCAAGAUGAUUAUUU